CGAUUGUUGCAGUUGGCCCUGCACGGUGCCGCCAUGAACAGCUCCGAAGGGCUCCACGAGGAGCUCCUCAUGGAGCCCAGUGGCUACCUCGCCACCUCAGUCACCCUCUUCUUCAUAGGUUUCAUAGGUUUCUUCGCCAACCUCACCGUCAUCAUUCUCUUCCUUAAAAAUAAGCAGUUAUGGACACCAUUGAACGUGAUUUUGUUCAACCUCGUGUGCUCAGACUUUUCUGUCAGUGUGCUGGGCAACCCUCUGACCUUGGCGGCCUCCAUUCUCAUGGGGUGGCGUUUUGGCAAUGUGCUGUGCGUCUCAUACGGAUUCUUCAUGUCUUUGUUAGGAAUAUCAUCCAUUGCAACGCUGACCGUGCUGUCGUUUGAGCGCUUCGUGAUGAUCAGCAAGCCGUUCAGGUCGCGGCCACUCAGUCACAAGGGAGCAUACCUUCUGGUGGUCGCCAUCUGGCUCUACUCGUUUAUCCUCACGGCGCCGCCACUCUUCGGCUGGGGCGAGUACGAUGCCGAGGCAGCCAACAUAAGCUGCUCUGUGAAUUGGGAGAGCAAGUCAGACAAUAGCACAUCGUACAUAAUCUUCCUGUUUGUGUUUGGGCUCGUGGUGCCAAUGUUUGUCAUCUGCUACUCUUACUUUAACAUAAUACACACGAUGAAAAAGAACGUGCUGGCGACGGGAGGCGUGUCAAAAGCCGAAUCUCGAGUUGCUGCCAUGGUGCUCGUCAUGGUAGUCAUGUUUCUGGUCGCGUGGACGCCUUACUCUGCCUUCGCUCUGAUUGUGGCCUUCGGUGACCCGAACUUAAUCAGCCCUGCAACCGCUGUGUUGCCCGCCUUGAUGGCCAAAAGCUCAAUCUGCUACAACCCUCUCAUUUACGUCGGACUCAACACACAGUUUCGAAAUGCGUGGCGCCAGUUGUUGGGUGUGAAAUCGCAAUCAGUGACCGGUUCCAUCGAGGCGGGUGGCGAACACACAGCCCUCAGCAUGCCCGCCUCCAACAUGGUGACCGACAACACGUGCACCUCCACGGUCCCCGUCCACGUGCGUGUGCAGAUGACUAAGCAAGACAGAAAGCUGCUGCAGGUGAAAAAUUGUCUGGCGGGCCGGCUGGAGCUGCAGUCGGUCCGACCAGAGCCCAGUGUCAAGCAGCGAUCUGCGUCGCCUGUCAAUGGCCAUUCUGAGCAACAGCUUUAAGUUCUCUGUCCGCGGUGCCAAUAUUGACGGUCGAGGGAGCGACGGCGGAGAUAGAGAGAGAAUGGCCUUCGUGCGGCGUUGCGGUGAAUUUAGCGUCAUGGAAUUGCAAGAGAGUGCUUUUGACUUCUUCUCAAGCCACUUUAGUUGCCAAGCAACACCUUUUGGAUUAGUUAAAGACUUUGUGUUUGUACCUCACUUGGCUCGAUUGACCCGGACUUCUCAAUUUUGUCCCAACAACGCUGGAAAUUUCCUGGUAAUCAUAUAUUUCAUUCUCCACUUUCCAUAAGAGUGAAAUGCCAAAGUUAAGCACCGAUUCAUGAUCACUACAUAGUGCACAAGUAAAAUAAAGAUUUUUGUCUAACAAUUUCUGACCCAUCUGACACUUCCCAAUUCAUUGCGAUUUUUCUCGCGUUUUAAUCUAAAAAUGAAUACGAAAUACUGUAACGAAAAAAUAUUUUUCAUUGUUAAACAUCGAUUUGAAACGACAAGCUACCAGCACAAAAAUCUAGCAAAUACAGCACAAAAUUAGUUAAGGAGACAUAUAAUUAGUUUGGAACGAAAAUCUACAUCAUCAAAAUACACUUAAGGCAGCGUAGAACACCAUAAUUAAAGUUGAAGAGGCUAAAGAAGUCAAGGCCUGACUGCGAUCAUAAAGACUGCUAAUAAAAAUGAGGAUUUAUGUACUGUAGAAUGCAAAAGUUUCAUAUUCGGUUCUCUAAACCCCACGUGCAAUUUUUCCAACCAGGGGUAAGACUUGUUGAAACGAUAUUAUGACAUUGAUUAUAUGGAGAUUACUUCAGUUACUCAACUAUCAAGAAUCCUUUUGAGAGGGGAACACUAAUCAAAACAAAUUUUGAUUUUUUGCGUUACACGGUUUAGCCCUGGGAACAGUUUCUCCGAUACAUGACAACAUUUAAUCGAUUAUGUAAAUUUAAAAUUUGCUAUCAUGCAACGAUGUUCUGAGUUAAAACAAAAUGGUUGGAAAUAAAUAACGAAAUUUGACUGUUUACGUUCAUGUGCCAAAAUGUGUGCCAAAAGUCGCAAAUAUUUCACGCACAUGUGUGAAAUACACUUGAGCAAGCCAGAAGUAGCUGGUCCCAAAGCUUGAGAAUUAAUAUUGAAACUGAGUAUUUUCGUUAACUAUAAUAAAAAUGGAAUACUGAGCCUUUCCAUUUUUCUUAUGAUUAACAAACAAAUACGCUUAUGAAGAUGAAAUUUUCGUGUCUAUGUCCAUGCUACCUUGAAACAGCACUAUAUACAGUAUAAAGUGCAGUAAUUAAGGAAUAAGGAAAUGUGAUCCAAUAAGUUUAAAAUUAAAUUUGUUAGCACUUUACUUGGAAUUUGCAUAGGAUAGAAUUAACGGAAUUAACGAAUUCCAUUACAGUAUAUAUGUCAUUAAUCUAGUCAUUGCUGACAAAGAUAAAUAAAAUUUUAUCAAAUUAUCGCGUCGAAGUUGAUCCGAUCUGCUAAUGACAAGGGUCAGUAAAGGAUAUUUUUUACAACGUUUCCAGUAUCAAUUUUAGCCCAUAAAAGAGACUAUAAAUAGAGAAAGUAAAUUGGAGCAUACAUAUUAUACUAGAGAGGGUAAUUAUUACACAACUAACUUUUCCUGUAGGGAAACUUGUUUGUGCCAUAAAUCAUCUCGUGUGUAUGUAUCUAUAUAUUUGAUUGGAUCAAUUUUGUAAAAUCUAUGUAGAUACGCGAGCUUAAAACCAUAGGUUUCAUUUAUACUUACCUUAGCCAAUGCUGAUGCGUUUUAUACGCAAAACAAGGGUUUGGAAUUUGACCAGCUCAGAACUAACGUACCGAGGAAAUUGUUCUGCUGAUGUUAAAAAUAUUUAUAAAAAAGUACUGUGAAUAUAGUGGUUAAUAAAAAUGGUGCAAAUGAGCAGCAAACGCUCGUGUAUGUGUGAAUGUAUUGCUGCGCAACAAAUUGUCAACAAUAUAUAUUCGUCCUGGUCCGGUAAAAUUGCGCAACGUUCAACAAACACCCAAAUUUUCAUUGUCGAGUUGAUUGUUGACCUUUUCUUGCAACAAGGAAAUUCGCGUUUGGUUGUUGAAAGUUGCGCAAUUUUACCAGGACCAGGACGAUAUAGAGGUUUUAACUCAGUGAUAUAUAUUUUUAACAUCCUUACAAUUGAUGACUUUGAAUACUUUGUCACUUUUUAAUUAAUACCAAAAGAUCAUUAGUUUUUUCCCCAAAACUUGAUUCAAACAUCCAAAAACUUAUGCAAAGGCGUUUGAAGUUCAAUUUUUAAAUGAGACUUGAAUUUAACAUUUCUCGAAAUAGCUGCGUAUUUCCAGCGUUUCCUCGCAUUUCAUAUUGAAUAUUGGAAGUUCAAGAUUUGAAAUUUUUCUCUGGCUUAAAUGCCUGCUGGAUACAUUUAAAUAUCAAUAUAAUAAGGUCGUGUAAUUGCGACACAAAAAUAAUUUCUGAUCUUUGAACUUCAUUGCACAUUCCUAUUCCCUCUCGAUAUCGCUUCUCUGGAAAAUGAAAGCGCUUCGUAGGCUUGCGCAGUAAAUUAAUUUAACACGUGUGUGAUAUUUUCUCUUCGAUUUAUAUUAUUUAGGAAUGACCGAACAGAUCCAGGUGAAAAUCGUAAUUUCCCGUCUAAUUUUCACUAAAAAAAUAUGGCAUACCAUAAUCAAAAUUUAACUUUCAGAUUCUGAACUUAAAUAUUCUCUCAUCUGGAACUCUUCAAGAAAAGAUUCAUCUCUCUCAUUAUUUUCCAAGAUUUUUGUUAAUCUGAUGUGGAAUUUAUGCUACCGAUUAUUGGGCCAUGUGUUUGUUUUCAAUUGUUGGCAUAAAUAAGGUCAUCAAGAUUAUUGCGCUAGGUGCUGCAUCCUUACAUCGUAUUAGUUUUAAAUUUUAAAAUAAUGUGUUUUGAUUGAAAGACUAAAAUGCCAAUGAUUGCACAGCUUAAUUUGAAUAGACAGAGCACCUAUUUUUAAGACAGUGCAAAAAAAGCAUAAAGUUCUAUUUUUAAGCUGGAAUGCAGGGUAUUUAUGUUUAAGGAAAUCAUCCGCUAGAGGAGGUCAACAUCUUAAUUUUAUUGUAAAAUAUGAUUCACUAUUAUCAUACUGAUAUAAUUAUAUGAUUUGGGUCUAUGAAAAACAACAACAUUAUUUUGUUCUAGGUGUUAUUUUUAGACCCCACAAAUUGCUGAAAAUUCUCCAAUAUCCAAUUAUAUAUUAUAUUUGCUCGGUCUGUUGUUUGAUAAAUUAAAAGGAGUAUUCAGCAAAAAGUUGCAGUUGCUAUUCACGGUGGUGAUGGAAAGCAAAUAAAUGCUGGUUGGAUUUGGAUAAAAUUAAAUAUUGAAUAGGCGACAAACUGUAAAAGUUAUUUUACAAACAAGGAAUUGCUAUAUCAUGCAGUGUUGAUGAUGAAUAAACACAUGUGUAAAAUGUGUGCAAUAAUAUCGCAUUCUUUGUGUAGCACGUGUGCUUUGUCGGUCACUCAACGUGACAAAAUGUGUGCCGAGAUAUGUAAAAAUGGUAAAUAUUGUUGGACCGAAUUUUUAAUCAAGUAAAAUGGAGAUGAUUAUUCAAAACUAUUUUUGUAUGCAAUAAUUAUGUGAAAUAUUGCAAACUAUUUUAAAGGCGAUAACGAAUGAAGAAUCUACAAUCUAAAUUGGAACAUAUUACUAAUAUUAAAAUUUCUUUGGACAUUUUGGAAUUGUACGAUUGAGAUAUUUGUAUUAUACAGUAUUGCAAUAUUUGUUUUACUUACAAAACAAAUAAUGCAUGAACAAUUCGAAUGCACAUAGUAAUGAGCAUAUUUAAAUUUUCAUGGACUCAAUAUCGAAAAAAUUAAUGAGUUCUUGAUUUUCUGGUGAUGUCUCAGUCAGCCACUCAAGCCAGAGAAAAUCUGUGUAGUCUUUGUAUCUCAGCGCGGAUGAUGUCAAGUCAAUUAUGUGUAAAAUAAGGAAGCCGCCCGCGUAUUACGUAUGUUGAAAGGUGGAAGACGUUUAGUAGUUAAUGUUACAAGGAUUUCAUUUUGCUAGAAUCGAAGGGUGGAUUGUUGAUAUAUUGAUGGAAUCAGAAAAAAAUCUAUUUCAUUGUGUGUGAUUUAAGGAAAUAAAAUUUUGAUGGAC